CUUUGUCCCAGUGAUCAUCAGGAUAGCAGGACUGUAAGCCAAGAAGACCGGUGCUGUGUUGAGCGUUCCCUUUAUUUCCUUCCAGCGUUAAAGCGUCUUUCCUACAAUGUUAAACACCAGCUUUUAUGACAACUCUACCAGCACCAGGGGCCGUGUUCGCCCGCUGUGGUAUCAUUACCCAGAAUGUGUCGUGGCCCCUCAGCCCUUUGUCUUCUACUUUGUGGUGAAGGUGUUCAACCUGGUCGUUGGGACUCCAGGAAACAUCUACGUCAUCUGGCAGAUCAUUUCAAAGAAGAAGAACACCUCCACUUCGGACAUCUUCAUCUUAAACCUGGCAGUGCUGGACGCCUACUUCUGCUUGAUGACUCCCAUAGAGUUGGUCAACAGGAUAGAGUUUGGCGACGAAAGGGUCUGGAUCUUCCAGAGGUUUGCAUAUGGGGUGAAGGACCUAGCACCACUCUUUCUCGUGUGUAUCUGUGUGGAUCGCUACAUGGCUGUAGUACACCCAGUGCUUUUCUCAAGUUACCAAGAGACCGCCACCCGCAUUUGCAUCUGCGCCGUGGUAUGGAUGUUUAUAAUCCCCUACAGCGUCAUUAAGGGGGUCUGGGGAAUUAUGAGCGUCAGCGGCAUCUUCGGUGGGGUCAUCCUCUUUGCAUUCGCGGUCAUGGUCUUCUGCAACAUCUCCGUCAUCUGGGUCCUCCGCCACUCGGUGGCAGGAAGAGAAAAGAUGCACCCGGUGAAGAAGAGAGCUUUUAAGAUGGUGCUGAAGAACCUGGGCAUCAUUGUCUUCAACUACCUGCCACCCGUGGCCUUCAUGCCCUUCGUGUCCUAUUACACUUAUUUUGAGUACCGCUGUCAGAUCAGCAUCAGCGUGUUCUCCAUCAUGGAUCUGAGCUGCAGCAUUGAGCCCCUGCUCUACUUCAGAAAGCUGGAUGCAAUGAUUGGUAUGUGCUGCAAGAAGAAGGCCUCAGAAAGCCCGGUUGAUGUCAAGGUUUAACCGGGCUGUGUGUACAUUUAUUUCCCACUAUUAAUACAAAGCCCUUCACAUUUAUUGGCACCCCAAUGGUAGAGAUGCAAACAAGUGUCUUAAAAUAAAC